GUUGUGUGAAUAAAUGCUUAAAAAAUACCUAAUCCCUAGGUUUUAUUCCUACAGUACAUAUUAUACUCUCCGGGAGCAGUUGCUCUGUCAAUUAUCGAUCGCUCUGUAGAAUUUGCUUCGAAACUCCGUAUUUCCUCUGAGAGCCCGGCUGUGUUAGUUUCUAGUGACUUUGACCAAAUGGCGCAGGAAAAGUGUGUGAUUGCUAAGGAUGUUACUGAAUUGAUAGGUAACACACCACUUGUGUACCUCAACAAUGUCGUGGAUGGCUGCGUAGCUCGUGUUGCUGCCAAGCUAGAGAUGAUGGAACCCUGCUCUAGUGUCAAAGAUAGGAUCGGGUAUAGCAUGAUACAAGAUGCUGAGGAGAAGGGCCUCAUUAAGCCUGGCGAGAGUGUCCUCAUUGAGCCAACCAGUGGUAAUACUGGCAUUGGUUUGGCAUUUAUGGCAGCAGCUAAGGGUUACAAGCUAAUCAUUACCAUGCCUGCUUCUAUGAGUAUGGAAAGGAGAAUCAUUCUCCGAGCUUUUGGUGCUGAAUUGGUUCUUACAGAUCCCGCCAGGGGCAUGAAAGGGGCUGUUCAAAAGGCAGAAGAGAUAUUGGCAAAGACCCCAAAUGCCUAUAUUCUUCAGCAAUUUGAAAACCCUGCCAACCCAAAGAUUCAUUAUGAAACAACUGGACCCGAAAUCUGGAAAGGCUGCGGUGGGAAAAUUGAUGGCCUAGUUUCUGGGAUAGGUACUGGAGGAACAAUUACAGGUGCAGGAAGGUACCUUAAAGAGCAAAACCCUGACGUUAAGUUGUAUGGCGUAGAACCAGUUGAAAGUGCAGUUUUAUCCGGAGGAAGGCCUGGCCCUCAUAAAAUCCAAGGAAUUGGUGCUGGUUUCAUCCCUGGAGUAUUGGAUGCUCAUUUAAUUGAUGAAGUUGUUCAAGUAUCAAGUGAGGAAGCUGUUGAAACAGCUAAGCUUCUUGCAUUAAAAGAAGGUUUGCUGGUAGGGAUAUCAUCUGGUGCCGCCGCUGCUGCAUCAAUUAAGAUAGCCAAGAGGCCAGAAAAUGCUGGAAAACUCAUUGUUGUGAGUUUUUAUUUUUUCGUUCUCCAUGCAGCCUUUCUUUUUCGACUUCACCUUUCCUGUUUGAUCUGUCAUGUGUUUGGAUUUGAACGUCAUCUGGGAAUAUUUCUCUUUUAAAACCAUUGCUUUAUUCUCAAGUAAUUUGGCUGAGCUGAAUGACACCACUUGGCAACUUUGACUGUAUCACUGGAAUUCUUUUAGAUAAAUUGUUUUGUUCAUGUAAAUCUGAAGAAGCUGAUAGCGAUUGUAUAAAUUCUUUUUCAACAGGUUGUGUUCCCCAGCUUCGGUGAGCGGUACUUGUCAUCUGUGCUGUUUGAUUCCCUCAAGAAGGAAGCAGAGAAUAUGAUUUUUGAGCCCUGAGAUUUUCCCUACUUUCAAAAGGUGCUAAUGUGUCUCCGUUUCUGUUUGAGUUUGAAUAUGAAAGUACCGAGAUCAUGGUUUUAAGUUCAGAACGCAGUUUGGUUAUGGGAGCUUUUGCUUAACAAGGUUUGCAAUUUAUAGGAGUUUAGCGAUGCUCAAAUUCGCUGAACCGUUAUUUGGCUGGACUUCGAUACAACUUUUGUUUGUAAAUGUUAUAAGUUUUGAUGCAGAAUUUGCUUUGUGUUUGUGCGUUCAAAGGCAAUUGCAUGAAAUGAAGACUCUUCUUUUUUCUCUUCUUCCA